AUGAGUAUUCCCGCCUUCAAACCACUGCCUCUCCGCCAAUCGCCGCCGAUUGCCGAUUCUCCAGACAACCGCCACCUCCACCGCAGCUCCUUUCGAAGCUCCCAGAACAUCAAUCACAACAAUUCUCUCGAAUCCUAUACUGCCUCGUGGACUUCUUCCAUAGCUCACCACUGCAAAAACGGCCGUUUAUCGAAAGCAAUACUGCAAUUCAAUCGUAUGCGCGUAUCCGAAAUCGAGCCAAACCACAUCACCUUCAUCACUCUCUUCUCCGGCUGUGCCCAUAACCCAUCGCAGGGCUCCUCGCUCGGUCCUUCAAUUCAUGGCUACGUGCGAAAAAUCGGGCUGGAUGCCGCUAAUGUGAAGGUCGGUACAUCUCUGAUCGACAUGUAUUCGAAAAUUGGGGAGAUUGAAUCGGCGAGAUUGAUCUUUGAUCAUAUGGAGGCGAGGAAUAAGGUGUCAUGGAACACUAUGAUUAAUGGCUACAUGAGGAAUGGCCAAUUUUGGGAUGCGGUCAAGCUGUUCGACGAAAUGCCGGAACGAGAUGCUGUGUCUUGGACUGUGCUGAUUGAUGGUUUCGUAAAGAAGGGGAAGUUCGAGGUGGCGUUAGGGUGGUUUCAGGAGAUGCAAUUGGCCGGCGCCGAUCCUGAUUUCGUGACCAUUGUUUCGGUGCUCUCUGCUGUUGCUAAUAUAGGAACACUGGGAUUAGGGCUCUGGCUGCAUCGAUUUGUUUUGAAGCGUGAAUUUAGGGAUAAUAUUAGGGUUCACAAUUCGUUGAUCGAUAUGUACUGUAGAUGCGGGUGCGUUGAAUUCGCUCGUCAAGUGUUCGAUACAAUGCUCGAACGAAGCCUAGUUUCGUGGAACUCGAUAAUAGUUGGCUUAGCUUGCAAUGCAUAUGCAGAGGAAGCUCUGCGUUACUUCCACCUGAUGCAGGAAUCCGGUUUCGAACCAGACGGCGUGAGCUUCACCGGAGCUCUCACAGCAUGCAGCCACGCGGGCCUAGUGGAGGAGGGGCUGAAACUCUUUGCAGAAAUGACACGAGUUCACAAAAUCAAGCCAAGAAUCGAGCACUAUGGAUGCGUUGUGGAUCUCUACAGCCGGGCGGGGAGGCUGAGAGACGCGAUGCGGGUGGUGGAGGGGAUGCCGAUGAAGCCUAACGAGGUUGUGUUUGGUUCUCUGCUGGCCGCGUGCAGAGCUUCCGGUGACGUUGACCUUGCUGAGACCGUGAUGAAUUAUAUACGCGAAAUGGAUCCGAAUGGCCACUUCAACUACGUGCUACUGUCGAACAUCUACGCAGCAACGGGGAGCUGGGGCGGGGCGGGGAAGGUGAGGAGGAAGAUGAAGGAUCGCGGGCUGCAGAAGCAUCCCGGGAUCAGUUUGAUUGAGAUUGAUUGCACCAUUCACGAGUUCUCAGCUGGAGAUAGGUCUCAUUUUGAUGCAGAGAAUAUACAUAAAAUGCUGCAGCUUUUGUCAAAUGAGAUGAGAGCAUUUUUCAAUUUUCUGUUCGUUUUGAAAUCAUGGAGUUUGGGGCUUCUUCGGCUCAUGGCCAUUGUGAUGCAACGGGUCGGGGCCAGCCGGGACCCCCCUGAGCUGCCAAUCCUCCGGCAACUCGUUCUUGCCGGAGGGGCCGUGGUCCGUGAUCAGCUUCUUCAAAGCCAUCUUCUUCUUCAUCUCCAUGAACAGCUGAUCAAAAUUUGCAGCAAAUCAAGAAAACCAUAUAUAUUACAUACAUGUGUGUGUAUACAAAUAUAUAUAUAUAUAUAUAUAUAUAUACAAAUAUAUAUAUAUAUAUACCUGUUUGUGCAUGAUCUCCAUGGAGUUGGCUCCCCUGCUGCUGCAUUCUGCAAAACAUGAAGAUAAAGCCAUGUUAAAAAGCAGUUUUUGCAUUACAACUACAUGAGAGAGAGAGAGGAGACCAGCAAAGGGAUGGAGGAAGAGGGCUAAGAGGAGGAAGAUGGAGAUGAUCUUUGCCAUGGCUGAUAUGAGAGGGUUUGCAGUGAGAUUAGGGGAGAGGAUGAGGAGAGAGGAGGGUGGAGAGGGGAGAUUUAUAGAGGGAAACUUGGGCGGAAAAAUGAUUGCUCAAGCAGCCAUUUUUUGAAUAUAUGAAGAUGGAUUUUGGGUGAUGUGAUACUGUAUUAAUUCUCGAAUAAAAAGGCUUUGGUGGAUAGUACUAAAUGCAUAGCUGUUGUGAUUCGAGGGACGGCGCCGUUUCAGGUGACUGUGACACUUACAACGUCACUACCUUCCCUCAACAUUCUAUUCUAUAUAUUCCCAUAUUUUCUAUA